ACUUGUUCGUCUCUCAUGUUGGUUUGAUAUUCAACUUCAAUAUUUCAACUUCAAUAUUCACAGUUUUUUUUUAAAUUUUUUUGUCAAUUGUUCUUAAAAAUCUACGUAAUAUUAAACUAUUAAUUGAAUAUUAUUCAAGAUUUUGAAGGAAUGAUAGACGGAGAAGCAUAUUUCGAAAAAAAUUCGACUGGGAAGUUGGGAAGUUGGGGUUGGAGAGAUGUGAAUUUACAAUUUAUUAUUUGCACUUUACCGGUGCCUAUCUAUUUUGUAGUUGUUGCUAUUUGGACAAUCAAUGGAGCAUCGAACUCUUACCGUUUUCCUUUUCUGCAAACUUAUAUGAUUUUGACAGGUUUAUUGAUGACUUUUGAAUUGCUUUAUUUGUAUUGUAUUGUAUUUAUUACGAUUUAAAUCGUGAUCAAGAAUAAAUAGUGAAUAGACAUG